CACAGCCCCAACCUGGCUCCUCCUGCUGCAGGGCACCCUACUUCUACUUCCGUGUGUUUUUGCAGAUUCAUCCGACUUAAUCCCCUGGUUCCUUUUUUCAAUUCUUUCCCCUCCCAGCCGCUUAUAACAGACCCUGGAGCAGCUUUAUUUUGCAGAUUGCUCUAAGAAAACGAGCUAACGUUAUUCACCCACGCUUUGGAGCCUUUGGUACUGCAGGUCUCCCGGGAACGCUGGGAGGCAAAGGACUGUGUGUCAACUCCAGUCUGCGCAGAGUGCUAAGCGAUAAGACUGCAAGACCCACAGCAGGCAAAGGAAACAGGCUCAGAGACUCUAAGGAAAAUGAAGUUUCCCUGCCUCUCCUUCCGGCAGCCCUAUGCUGGUUUAAUCUUAAAUGGAGUCAAGACUCUUGAGACACGUUGGCGUCCGCUAUUGAGCAGCCUUCAGAAAUGUACCAUCGCCAUCCACAUUGCUCAGAGGGACUGGGAAGAUGACGAAUGGCAGGAGGUGCUGAUGGAAAGGUUGGGAAUGUCCCAGACAGAGAUUCAGACCUUACUACAGGAAGGAGAAAAAUAUGGCAGAGGGGUGAUAGCUGGACUUGUUGACAUUGGAGAGACUUUGCCAUGCCCAGAAACCUUAGCUACUGAUGAGGCUGUGGAACUGGAAACUCAAGCUGUGCUAACCAACCUGCAGCAGAAGUAUCUGACUCCAAUUUCAAACCCCAGGUGGUUAGUGGAGCCCAUACCUAGAAAAGGGGGGAAGGAUAUAUUCCAGGUAGACAUCCCAGAGCACCUGAUCCCUUUGGGUAAAGAGUGCAGCAGUGAAUGAAUUCUGCAGAGAACAGUACCAAGAAAACAACUCAAUAAUGGUCCUGCCAAGAAACCAUCUUAGUAUAAUGACAUCAAGGACCUCUACAUCUCAGGAUAACUCUAAGCCACUACUAACAUGCAGACCACAGGCCACUAUGUGUUGUUCCAGACCCAGACCCAGACAGCUUUGCCUCAUGAAGAGGAUGGCACAGAGGGCAUCCCUUGUGCUGUGGCUGUGUCAGUAGAACCACAGAGCCUCAUGAACCUUGGCCUUUACGGAAAAGGAAAACUCCAGGAAAUGAUGUUUUGCUGAAGUUCACUUUAGUCAUGCUGUUUUCUGGAUUGCACAAAUAAAUGUGGUGAUGGUAAGUGCUUAGUGUCUGGGCUCUCUUUCUCCUUUCCCAUGUCUUUAUUGCACUCAAAUUCCAUGCAGUGUAUGAACAGCAUCCAAGG